AUGAUGGGUAAAAAAUCUGCAUUACAGCUGAUAGGACUGGUGGUUCUGGUGGCGGUGAUCGACUGCACCGCGGCCCAACUUACGCCGGAUCCGUGUGCCGGAACAACGGGCCAGUCCUUCUUGCCACAUCCGACCAACUGUACGCUGUAUAUUUCGUGCUAUGAAGGCAUUGGAUACGAGGUGUCGUGCCCUCCUGGCUAUUUCUUCAAUGCCAGUGCCACUCAGUGCGACGUACUGGUGGGUGACGGGUGUCCAGUGAGCUGCCCGCCCGACGGUAUCGCCGUUCUGCCCGAUCCUCAGGGACGUUGUGAUUUUUACAUAAUUUGCCUCGGUGGAUUGGAAUAUCCAGGCGAAUGUGCGGAAGGAUUGUACUUUGAUGUGACGCUGGAAGAGUGUAACUACGCCCACCUAGUCGACUGUGUGAACAAUCCGUGCAGCACCGAUCCGGCCACACCGCAACCGGAAAUAUAUCCGAAUGAUGCAGAUUGCACGAAGUACAUCUACUGCCUGGCUGGUGAGCCGAUCACAAGGACGUGCGCUCCGGGUCUGCAUUUCGAUGCAGCAACGCUCAAGUGUGUUGACGGACCCUGUCCCGAUCCCAAUGCUCCAGUUGAUCCUCCGCCGGUUUAAUCUAGAACGCUGCCGGAAGAAUGAAUAGCAAAUGCCCCCGGACAGUUGGUCGAUCUGAGAGAUUUGUUGUGCCAAACUGUUUUUGUUAAAUUAUACAAUUAACCCCUUCAAAAUGUGUUAAAUAAUAAACAACCGAAGCAAGAGCAGUGUCUGAGUUCAUGAAGGAGAAAAAUGUACCUCCCCACGUGACCGAUAGAAGAGCAGCAAGUGACGAAGCAGAUGUUUGACUGUUUCAGUAGCGAUUGUCUUAUCCUUCGAUGAUUUAACUGUCCGAUAAAUCUGUCGCUGAAGGCGACGCGCUGUAUGUUACUUACUUCGAUAUCAAUCGUAUCGCUAAAGGGGCAAAGUCUGCGGACCGAUAAAAAAAACAACAUGGCCUAGCACUAGCUCUAAGUCUGUUACA